AUGCCUUCCAUCGGUGGCUCUACUGCUCAGUUCCCUCCUUGCCCUGGCCCUCCGCCCACGGGUCCUCUUCCUCCUCUUCCUAAGCAGGCACCUGACAACAAAUAUGAUAUCAAAGUUAUCGGGGUUUGCGAUCUCCGACCCACGUUGUCACUUAUCUCUCACAUCGGUGGUUUCCAACGGCGCGUUAUCGGUACAAACCCCGCAAAGCUAUGGGACACCAAGGAGGCGUUUGGAGGCUUAGAGCCUGACAACAUCUCACGCCUCAGCCAACCAGACGCCACUACGAAGCAUGGGAUUUACUUGACCAUCGUCGAUGUCAAAGCGUUAUUGGAAUCCCCGUUCUGA